AUGGAGUCGACGCUGCCGCUCCCAUUUGUCGUCAGUGUGCCUAUCGGGAGUGAGAAGGAGGGGCUCAGCAUUGAGGAAUUGAGAUGCUUGGGAGUCGUCUUCUUCGAGGCCACUCCAAGCAAUGUGAAGGAGAUCCAGAAACUCCUCAAGGAGAACAGUUUUGAAGCAUACGUCGACGCUACAAGACUACAAUCUCAGGAGGAUGUUCUCUCACUCUUGGAUGGUGGGGUACGAAAAGCUUUCGUUAAGCUGGAGCAGCUAUCAGAGUACACCGAGUAUGGCUCAAGGAUAGCGCCAGCCGUGACGAAGACGAAUCAACUGGACGCUGCAUCUGAACAUGGCUUGCUCAUUUCUGACUUUGAUCAAACUUCAUGCGAUGUCAAGAGCUUCAUUGAGAGUUCCAAGACGAAGAAAGUCUCGCCACUCUUCAUCAAGCCAGCUUCAGGAUCCAAAAACCUGGACCAUUUCGUCGAUAUUGCGGGUCAAUUCUCUGCCAUUCCUAUAUUGCCCUCAACGGGUUUGACUACGGCUAAGGAGGCUGGCGACAAGCUCCCCAUUUCCAAGCUUCUGUCUUUAACAUGGAGUUCAGACCGAGCAGAUAAGCUCAUUCCUACCGUUGUAUGUGACGAGAGAGGUGUUGCGCUCGGACUCGUCUACAGCAGCGAAGAGAGCGUAGCAGAAUCUCUCAGGACAAAGACUGGAGUCUACCAGAGCCGCAAACGAGGACUGUGGUAUAAGGGGGCAACCUCGGGUGACACCCAGCAGCUCAUCCGUAUAUCACUGGACUGCGAUAAUGAUGCAUUGAAGUUUGUAGUAAAGCAGAAGGGGCGAUUCUGUCACCUGGAGCAGUCUGGAUGUUUUGGCGACCUAGAUGGUAUCUCCAAGCUAGAGCAGACUCUUCAAUCCAGGCAACAGUCAGCACCACAAGGCUCAUACACGGCACGCCUGUUUUCGGACGAGAAGCUUCUGCGAGCUAAGAUCAUGGAAGAGGCCGAGGAGCUUUGUGAUGCGAAGACCGCAGAAGACGUUGCCUUUGAGGCUGCUGAUCUAAUUUACUUUGCACUAACCAAAGCGGUAGGUGCGGGAGUCAGUCUACGGGAUAUUGAGAAUAGUCUUGAUGCCAAGAGCUGGAAGGUCAAGAGGCGAGCCGGUGAUGCCAAAGGAAAGUGGGCAGAGAAGGAAGGCAUCAAGCCUACCAAUGGCACCGCAGCAGCCCCAGCCCCAGCUCCAGUUCCAGCUCCUACGACCUCUGAUAAAAUUACAAUGAAGCGUUACGAUCAUUCCAAGGUCACCGAAGCAGAACUUCAAGACGCUCUAGCCCGGCCAUCACAGAAAUCUUCCGAGGCGAUCAUGAAGAUUGUGGUGCCGAUUAUUGACGAUGUGAAGAAGAACGGAGACAAAGCGCUUUUGUCCUAUACUCAUAAAUUUGAAAAGGCAACUUCUCUGACUUCACCUGUACUCAAGGCGCCAUUCCCCGAAUCCCUGAUGCAACUACCCGCGGAGACUAUCAAGGCGAUUGACAUCUCGUACGAGAAUAUCUGGAAGUUCCACGCUGCACAAAAGGAAGAUAAGCCCCUGAAGGUGGAGACUAUGCCCGGUGUGGUCUGCAGUCGCUUCGUGAGACCGAUCGAAAGAGUCGGUCUCUAUGUGCCUGGUGGCACCGCAGUUCUCCCCAGCACAGCUCUGAUGUUGGGUGUUCCGGCCAAGGUUGCUGGUUGCAAGAAGAUUGUGCUUGCUUCACCACCUCGAGCAGAUGGAAGCAUCACCCCCGAGAUUGUCUACGUAGCCCACAAGGUCGGUGCUGAAAGCAUAGUUCUCGCCGGCGGUGCGCAAGGUGUCGCAGCUAUGGCUUAUGGCACAGAGAGCGUCAGCAAGGUUGACAAGAUCCUUGGUCCUGGCAACCAAUUCGUUACAGCCGCAAAGAUGUAUGUCAGCAACGACACGAAUGCUGGGGUGAGCAUCGACAUGCCCGCAGGUCCCUCAGAAGUGCUGGUUGUUGCAGAUAAAGAUGCCAACCCGGCCUUCGUCGCCUCCGACCUUCUAUCACAAGCAGAGCACGGUGUAGAUAGCCAGGUGGUCCUCAUUGCUGUCGAUCUGAACGAGCAAGAGCUCCAGGCGAUUGAGGAUGAGUUGCACGAGCAGGCCAUGGCAUUGCCGAGAGUAGACAUCGUCCGCGGCUCGAUUGCUCACUCGAUCACGAUCCAAGUCAAGACUGUGGAUGAGGCUAUGAGAGUUAGCAACGAAUACGCUCCUGAACACUUGAUUCUUCAGCUUAAGGAUGCUGAGGCUGCUGCUGAGAAGGUCAUGAACGCUGGCAGUGUGUUCAUUGGCCAGUGGACUCCAGAAAGUGUCGGUGAUUACUCUGCUGGAGUAAAUCAUUCCCUACGUAAGUUUUUUUUUGGUCUUUGCAUCCAGAAGCUUCUCUAA